AGUACGUGACCGCGUUCGGACCAAGAUGGAGAGAGACAUCCUGGCUGAUGUAAACCACCCAUUUGUGGUGAAGCUGCACUAUGCCUUCCAGACCGAGGGCAAGCUCUAUCUCAUUCUGGACUUCUUGCGUGGUGGGGACCUCUUCACACGGCUCUCAAAAGAGGUGAUGUUCACGGAAGAGGAUGUGAAGUUUUACCUGGCCGAGCUGGCUCUGGGCCUGGACCACCUGCACAGCCUGGGUAUCAUUUACAGAGACCUCAAGCCUGAGAACAUCCUUCUGGAUGAGGAGGGCCACAUCAAACUCACUGACUUUGGCCUGAGCAAGGAGGCCAUUGACCACGAGAAGAAGGCCUACUCCUUCUGCGGGACAGUGGAGUACAUGGCCCCCGAGGUCGUCAACCGCCAGGGCCACUCCCACAGUGCAGAUUGGUGGUCCUACGGGGUAUUGAUGUUUGAGAUGCUGACGGGCUCCCUGCCCUUCCAGGGGAAGGACCGGAAGGAGACCAUGACAUUGAUUCUGAAGGCGAAGUUAGGCAUGCCCCAGUUUCUGAGCACUGAAGCCCAGAGCCUCCUGCGGGCCCUAUUCAAGCGGAAUCCUGCCAACCGGCUCGGCUCCGGCCCUGAUGGGGCAGAGGAAAUCAAGCGGCAUGUCUUCUACUCCACUAUUGACUGGAAUAAGCUGUACCGUCGUGAGAUCAAGCCACCUUUCAAGCCAGCAGUUGCUCAGCCUGAUGACACCUUCUACUUUGACACUGAGUUCACGUCUCGCACACCCAAGGAUUCCCCAGGCAUCCCGCCUAGCGCUGGGGCCCAUCAGCUGUUCCGGGGCUUCAGCUUCGUGGCCACUGGCCUGAUGGAGGAUGACGGCAAGCCUCGUGCCCCACAGGCACCCCUGCACUCAGUGGUACAGCAACUCCAUGGGAAGAACGUGGUUUUUAGUGACGGCUAUGUGGUAAAGGAGACGAUCGGUGUGGGCUCCUACUCUGUGUGCAAGCGCUGUGUCCACAAGGCCACCAACAUGGAGUAUGCUGUCAAGGUCAUUGACAAGAGCAAGCGGGAUCCUUCAGAAGAGAUUGAGAUUCUUCUGCGGUACGGCCAGCACCCCAACAUCAUCACUCUGAAAGAUGUGUACGAUGAUGGCAAACACGUGUACCUGGUGACAGAGCUGAUGCGGGGCGGGGAGCUGCUGGACAAGAUCCUGCGGCAGAAGUUCUUCUCAGAGCGGGAGGCCAGCUUCGUCCUGCACACCAUCGGCAAAACUGUGGAGUAUCUGCACUCACAGGGGGUUGUGCACAGGGACCUGAAGCCCAGCAACAUCCUGUACGUGGACGAGUCCGGGAAUCCUGAGUGCCUGCGCAUCUGCGACUUUGGUUUUGCCAAACAGCUGCGGGCUGAGAAUGGGCUCCUCAUGACACCUUGCUACACAGCCAACUUCGUGGCGCCCGAGGUGCUGAAGCGCCAGGGCUACGAUGAAGGUUGUGACAUCUGGAGCCUGGGCAUUCUGCUCUACACCAUGCUGGCGGGAUACACUCCAUUUGCCAACGGGCCCAGUGACACACCAGAGGAAAUCCUAACCCGGAUCGGCAGUGGGAAGUUUACCCUCAGUGGGGGAAACUGGAACACAGUUUCAGAGACAGCCAAGGACCUGGUGUCCAAGAUGCUACACGUAGAUCCCCACCAGCGCCUCACAGCCAAGCAGGUUCUGCAGCAUCCAUGGGUCACCCAGAAAGACAAGCUUCCCCAAAGCCAGCUGUCCCACCAAGACCUGCAGCUUGUGAAGGGAGCCAUGGCAGCCACGUACUCCGCACUCAACAGCUCCAAGCCCACCCCCCAGCUGAAGCCCAUCGAGUCAUCCAUCCUGGCUCAGCGACGAGUGAGAAAGUUGCCGUCCACCACCCUGUGAGGCACCAAGGCAUUCAGGCCACAGGGCAGUGCUAGCUUGACGGAGGCGGCAUGCUUCCCAGAGGGAGCAGGCUGGAGUCACAGGGCCAGAGGGAGCUGGAACCCGAGGGGCCAGGGAAGCUGCCAGCCCAGACCACCCCUAGCGAGGGUGUGAGAAGUGCCUUCUCCUUCCCCAGGACGGACUCUUCUCGGCUCAGGCUCUGCUGGUGGAAAGCGAUUCACUGUACAAACUCUUUUUUUAUGGAAAAAAUUGCAUCAACCACCAUGGAUUUUUACAAGAUCCAUUUGCCUUUCUGGGAGCAGAAACAGCCAGUGCGGCCCCAGGAGGGGAACUGAGUCACACUGGGGUUCUCUGAGACUCUUUAAAGCAGUUUUGGGAUCCCACCCUGGGAACCCCCACGAUUGGCCAUCUGUAGCCAUCUGCACACACCUCCAAGGCAGUCCAGUGUCACCUCUCUCAGAGCCUCUGGCUGUUUAGUAGAACUCAUUCGAUCCCCAAUCAGCUCCUUUUCCGUUCUGUUCUGCUGGGGGUUCUAGAACUACUUCCUGCUACAGGAGAGGACUCAGGCCCUGCUGGCUUCCAGCUUCAGGCACCAGCAUCCACCUCGGCCCUGCCAGUGGACCCCCUGCGGUCACGCUGGGCAGCCCCAGAGAGAGGAUGUGGAAAGCACUUUUUGGCUGACUUCUUUCGGGGUUGGCAAGGGAACAGAGUUCACAGGAGGCCAGUGGGCAGGCCAUGAGGGGCGGGGCUUUUUUCAUUUCUUCCUCAGCUGGUUACUCAGGGUUCGUCUGUCCAUGGCCUUUCUAAUAAACCUUUGAGUUGAAGCA